CACAGACGCGUAGGACGUGGGGCCCGCACCGCCUGUGGGCUCCCUGCUGUUCUGGCGGUGCUGGGAUCGAACCCAGGCCUCAUGCAGGCCAGGCAGGCGCUGACCAGCACCCACGCGGCCAACGCUGUGGCUAACGGUUGCGGAUUUUGAUCGAGAACAGGGGAAACUGGAAAAAGCCCACCAAACUACUGUGCUUAGGUUUAAGAGGGGUGCGGGAAAGGGGAGAACGCAUCAUUGCUUUCCCCGCUACCGGCUGAACAACAAAACGCUGCGGAACGCAGGCUAGGCAUUCAGCUUUCGCGAUACUAAAAACUCAAGGAUUCGUAGCAGAGUCUUUUAAACCAGGCCACAAGCUCAGCCUUUUUUCAGUCGCAAUCAAAGGUCGACAGGACGGCCUUCUGAUCCCGGCGGGCCUGCCAGGACGCGGUCACUGUCCUGUCCCACACAGCGGCGCAGGCCACGCUGUGUCCCCGCCCCCGAUCUGCGCGUCCCGGAUUAGAGGGGGUGGCCGCGGCGUGGCGCCUCUGCGCGGCUCCCCACACGGGAGGCCAUCGCGGCGGAUGCACCGACUGCCGGACCACGGCGACGUCCCACGCGGCGAGGGCGGCUCCGGACGCCGCGCGCCAGCCCCGCCCCCCCCCAGCGAGCCGCUCCCUCCAUUUUGUCCCCGUCUCCUUCAGGACCGGGCGUGCUAUUCUAAAGCCAUUAGGCCGCGACACGGAGCCAGGGAGAAAGGGAGGUGGCGGGGGCGCGCCAGUGGCUGGAGGCGGGCAGCCGGGAGGGCGGGGGGCGGGGUGCCAAGGGCCGUGCAGGGGCCGGAAGGACAAAGGACACGGAGGGCACGAGGGCCGCCCAGCAGGCCCCGACGACUUCCGGCCGCGGGCCGCCCGCCCAGAGGACAAAGCGGCGCGGACGCGCGCCCUCCGCUGCAGCCCCGCCCCCCCGGCGCGCGCCCGGCGCCCUACACGAGCGCGCGCGCGACGACCUUCAAGCUCCUAGGAAUUUUAGAUGUUGAGAACAUUCCCUGUGCGCGGGACUCACUAUUGUAUGGCUCACUAGGAUCUGUGGUGGCUGGACUUGGACAUUUUUUGUUAACCAGUAGAAUUAGAAGAUCAUGUGAUGUUGGAGUAGGAGGAUUUAUCUUGGUGACUUUAGGAUGCUGGUCGGCCUUGAACACAGGAUCCUCCUGCCCCACUGCAGGAAUAAUCCUGGACACUUUAACCCACCUAUCAUGACACACCCUCGUUGGACAAAAUAAUCUGUGCAUAUUAAAAGAUGAGUUUCUAAGAAAAUGCUUCUUCCACUAUACCAUGAAGACAAGUUAUGUGAAAUGAAACAUUCCUUGCCACAUAAACUCAAAGUUUAUUUUAAAUGUUUCUCUGUAUCUUUAUGAAUUUUUCUCACAUUCACAGGGAAGGUUAUGAAAUCCCAAGUUGCCUACUUUUGAAGCCAUUAGGUUCCGUAAGUCAUACUUCAUUUAAGUGACAUUGUUAUCAGAAAUGCAACUAAGUCCUUCCCUAUCACCUAAAACAUUAUUCCCUGUACUUAAUUAGCUGGAAGAACAAAUUUUCUUUCAAUUUACAAAGUCUUUAAUAGUUUCAGACUUGUAAGAGUAGAUUAAAUGCUCUCUCUGUACUGGUAACAAGGAAAUGAACGUUUCCGCAUUCCCUCCAUCUUGUAAACUUUAAAUUCACUUUGAUUUUUAUACUUUAUUACCCCAAAAGAUUUCAAUCUAUCUUCCAGAUUUUCUAAAAUUGUUAUUUUAUAAAAAUGCAGAAAAGGAUUUUAGGAAACCAAGGACAGAAAGGUAUUCUGCACUCUAUAUAAUGCAAUAGACUUGCCAAUUGCAAAAAACACAAAAUACUUCAGGUUUGCAAAUUAGAAAAUCAAGACAAUCUGUCCAUCUGGUUGCCAGUCUUAAACUCAUGAAGUUGCUCCUGGAAGCCUAACAUAACAACUGUUAAAUAUACAAGCAGCAAUUAAUUUGGAGUACCUAUUGGAAUCACUGGAACACAUUUAGUUGGGCCCUUUUACUCCUCCACACAGCACAUUCACAGGGACAGACUAAGGAAAAGGAGAUGAAAUUUAAAAUCAGCAGAGUUUUUUGCUUUAUUACCUUCACAAAAACAAGUAAUGUAUGUUGGAGCCUUUUACUCUUAUACUUCUCCCUGACUCUCCCAUCUCCCUUAACUAGAUAACCUCAAAUUUAGUUACCUCUGCCCAUCUUCUUCACAAAAGUAGCCAAAUAAGCUCUGUUGUUUUUUCUUCUCUACAUAUGCUUUAGUUACUUUUGAAGCACUUAGAUUACACCUAAGGGCUCACCGUCUAUUGUGGCCAUCUCUUCUUGGUGGCUAAGCUCAAUUUAUAGUAAUGUUUCAAGUGUUUGCACAUACAAAGUAUUUCAUUGAGCAAAGCUGAUUCUUUCUAUACAAUGGGACUGGCAAAGCAGGAAAAAAUGACUAGUCACUAUUUGUAUUGGAUGCUGUCAGCUGUCCAGCCCACAAUCCUUGAAUAACUUCUUAAGCACUGUGCUAGUGCUGAGUGUUACGCCAUUAACAAGCCAUGACUUAAAUGCAAAAGACCUGAAGACAUUUUUCCACACUAGCCUGUGAAUUUUCACAUACCCAGAGAUGCAACUACGUUUAAAAGCAAAACCCUUUCUUCUUGGGCAAAUUAGGUGACUAUGUAGUUCCUUGUCUUAAUAAGGACCAUUAAUGGACCCUAAAAACUCACCUAACCAUGCAGUGAUUACCAAUGUCCUGGCCUAUCAGACGUCAAGUUAUCCCAGUAUUGGACUUGACAUCCCCAAAUGUCUUCAUAAAAUGUGUAGUUGUUACAUUUUCUAACAACCCUGGUUUUGACUUUAUGAAUAUUUACUUUCCAGUCUGCAAUACCUUAUAAACUAAUCAAGUCCUAGGACAACUAAUCCAUUGUAUUUUUACUCAAUUGGCAAGGAUGUGAAAUAGAAGUGCACAUUUUUUCAGUUAUUUCAACCAAAUCGUAUCUUCUGCUGUUUGGCAUGAGACAGACAAGUGUUUAACACAUUUGUCAAGAUCAAUUGUGGACCCCUUGUUCUUUAAUGUUUUUCUACCAACACACUUAAGGGACAUACUAUUACUUUGACCCCUCCCUUCAAAGCUGUCAGUCAUUUAUAAAGGUUAGCAGUAAGCCUCAGUUGGACAAGGCACUUCAAGAUGAGUUAGCAGGCAAAGUACUUUUAAUGCUUGUCUUACAAACAUGUACCUGAAGUACUAAUACUAAGAAAACAAAAUGGGGAUGACUCCAAAGCACUGGCUAGAUCUAAAAUCUUCGUAUUUUAAUAUAGAAAUUGAGGAAUGGUCAGCUAUGACCAAGAAAAUCCAAGCCAAGAAUCAUCCAAGGAAAGGGCUUUCCAUAGUUUCCAUAAGCUUAGGCACUAAGAAUAAACUGUGGCUCUCAUUACUAAUAAAUUUAUUUUUAAUAGUCCCUUCUAACUUAUGUUUCUUACUUUCAUUAACUAUUACUAAAAGCUUUCAAACUUGAACCCAGUUUUCCAAAUUCCACUUCCCAGGCUUCUAGAAAAAGCUUACACUCAAAACCAUCUUAAGCAUUUUAGGAAAAAAAUGGCAUUGGUUAUGUGUGUUGUAUUCACCUUUCCGGGGGAAACAGCUGAAUGACUACUGGAGGGACUGGUGAGCAAACAGUUUUCCUCUGCUACAAGUUUCACUCAGUUAUGUGCACAAAGGAAAUUAUUUACCCUUUACUUCACUAAGGAAAAUCAUUCUCAUAAACCUACAACUACGUCUUCACAUUCAAGUGUACACAAAGCUAUUAAAAUAUUUUUUCUGCGCAGAACCCAUUAAAACAUUCCUAAGAGUCUAAAAAAAAAAUGUACUGAGCGAGCUUAUUAUAGAAAAAUGUUACUCAACCCCCUCAAAUGAGGCAUUUUAGUCCUUAGGUAGAAACAAAUGCUAUUGGUUAUGCUUUCAAGCUUUAAAAACAAAUGCUUCCUUUUGUCACUUUCUGGCUAACUCAUGCCUCACUAUUCUUUUCAGGAUUUCAUUCUGCUGUCUAUUAAGGCAUCUGCCUUCUUAAGGCAGCACAGCCAGGGACCCUCAAAAGCUAGUUUGUAUCAUGUAACCCACCAGCAACCAAAUUUUUCUGUAAGACUUUUAGUCUUAGUACUUAAUCACUUCCUAUCUUGCAGCCUUGAAAAUUUGUUUUCCCUCCUCCUAAUAAUGUUACUGUACCCCCAGAGUUGACAAACCCCAUCCUUUUAUUUUAGCAGUGCUGGACUUAGCCCAGGGUAUCACACAUGCCAGGGGUGUAACUCACUGAGCUACAUCCUCACCCCAUCCAUUUUAAGCUUCUCAUGAAAGCACUUUUCGAACCAAUAAUCUCACAUUAAGUUUUCUAUGGUCAGAAUUUGUUCAAAUUGAAGUAGUUUUGCUUGCCAUUUUGGGGGAAGAAGGCACAGCAGGCAGGGAGAAGUGACUGACAAAAACUACAGUCUCUCAGAUCUUAUUCUCCCACAACUUGGCAUUUCACUUUUAAAAUAACUUACCUAUUUUUCUCCCCUUUUGCCUACUACUUGGUGCAUCCCCCCUUUCCUGAAUUUCUCAAACACAAUCUAAGGCUGUUUCCUUUUCAGAAGUGUAGACAACACCAUUAAUAUUGGGACUGUUUCAAAGUGUUAACAUUUCCAGACAGCAUUUUUAAAAUCAGUUCCAUCUUCCCUUCCCCAUUUUUCUGGCUGCACAUGCAUAAUGCUCCACCUAUUAUUUGACCAUUAUCUUCCUGUUUCAAUUAUGAAUUCUUCAAGUGAUUUUUAACUAGGCAUAGCCACGAUUUUUACAGGCACAAGUGAACCUGAACCCCGGUUAGUAUCAAGUUUGAAUCUUUUCCCAUAGUUUAGUAUAAGCAAUCCUAAUCAUGAUGUAUAUUGAAAAAGUAACACAUCAGUAGUUGCUAGCCGGUAAUUGCUAAAAACCUGUAAGGAUACUACUACCUUAUGCGGUUUUUCUAUGGUAAUUCGCCUGUUCCAAAAACUCCAACUGAACCUGUAUCAUCUAAAACUCAACUCUAGCUUGUAGCAAUAAAAUUCCUGAAGUAUGAACUCAAGUUAAAAAUCUGAUUUAAAAUAACUACAACAAAAUUCUAACCAACAAGGAACAGAGCAGACCUGAACUUACCAGAAGUUAAAAACACCAAAAUACUAAGCUGAAGUUUUAGUUCUACAGUUUGACUCCUGAUUCCUCACUUCACAGUGAGGGUCUGUUAGAAGAUUUAAGUGUUCUGUGCAAACCCAAUAAAAUUACAAUUAGGGGAUCUAAUGUUAUUGAAUAGCUACAGUAAGUUAGCAGUGAUGUGUAGUAGUGAAAUCAAUGACUGGCUUGCAUGACAGCUUGCUUCUAAAAGCAUAUGUUCCCAGAGUUUCAUGUUUCGUAUCACAUUCAUGUAUAUAAAAAUAUCACGUGAGGACAGCCAUUAGCAUCUUGUAAAGAUGAUAAACUGAGCAUUAACUUCUCCCAGCCAGUACCUUUUCCCCUCCUUCAAUGUUAAGAGCAGUCUGUGGGGAGGGGAAGGGAAGAAUUCAACUUUAAUUCAUAUUAUAAAAUCGUCAGUACACAUUUAAGUUUUUAAAACCU